UACGGGCAGGUCAUCUGUGCACCUCAUCGGCUUAUAACUUUUACUCUAUCUGAAACGCAGGUGAGUAAAAUACACCGUUUUCAUCCAGCCGCUGUAGCUCUUUAAGGAAAACGUUUAAAUAAUAUCUUCACAAAGACUCGGUAAGCCAUGCCAUCGGUACCAUCUAGUUCAGAGACAUCUGGGAGUGGGUCUGUCUGCCCACAUGCUGCCAAGGUCCUCAAGAAUGGGGACUCUACCAAUAGAGAACCUGUGAUCAAAAGUGAAGGCAAGCUGAAAGGAGAAGCAAUCUUGAACUUUAAGACUGUACACAAAUCGAACAGUCGACAUGUAAACAGUGUGAAUGAAGAGCAAAUGGAGACUGGAUCUGAGGUCAUAAUGGAGAGGAAAUGGAUUCGCCCAGAUUUGCCCAGCAGAUGCACCUGGAAACUUGGUGACCCAAACACAGAGUCACCCCACAACCACAUCCCACGGACAAAGACCCCCAGUAUACUUCCCAACAUUCUGAGUAUGAUUGGAGAGACCCCACUGGUUCGCAUGAACAAGAUUCCCAAAGCUUUUGGCCUCAAGUGUGAGCUCUUGGCUAAAUGUGAGUUUUUCAAUGCUGGCGGCAGCAUAAAAGACCGAAUCAGUCUGCGCAUGGUAGAGGAUGCUGAGAGAGAUGGUAUACUUAAACCUGGAGACACCAUCAUUGAGCCCACAUCUGGAAACACAGGUAUUGGUCUUGCCCUGGCCGCUGCCGUUAAAGGUUAUCGCUGCAUCAUUGUCAUGCCUGAGAAGAUGAGUAUGGAAAAGGUGGACGUGCUCCGAGCUCUUGGUGCCGAGAUUGUUCGAACCCCUACCUCGGCCCGCUUUGAUUCUCCUGAGUCUCAUGUGGGUGUGGCUUGGCGUUUGAAGAAUGAGAUUCCUAAUGCUCACAUUCUGGACCAGUACCGCAAUCCUAGCAACCCUCUGGCUCACUUUGACACCACUGCAGAAGAGAUUCUGGAGCAGUGUGACGGUAAAAUAGACAUGCUGGUGGCUGGAGCCGGCACUGGCGGCACCAUCACUGGCGUCGCCCGCAAGCUAAAAGAGAAGUGUCCUAACAUCAAGAUUGUUGGAGUGGACCCUGAGGGCUCUAUUCUUGCUGAGCCGGAUGAGCUUAAUAAGACUGAUAAAACUCAAUAUGAGGUGGAGGGCAUCGGUUAUGACUUCAUCCCUACUGUCCUGGAUCGAUCUGUGGUUGAUAGUUGGUACAAGUCUAAUGACGAUGAGUCUUUUGCCAUGUCUCGAAUGCUCAUCAGAGAUGAGGGCCUUCUCUGUGGUGGCAGUUCAGGCACAGCCAUGUCUGCAGCAGUGCACCUAGCCAAAGAGCUUAAGGAAGGCCAGCGCUGUGUGGUGAUCCUGCCCGACUCCAUCCGCAACUACAUGUCUAAAUUUCUUAGUGACAAGUGGAUGUGUGAAAAGGGUUUCCUGAGAGAGGAGGAUCUUGUUGUCAACAAGCAAUGGUGGUGGAACUUGACUCUACAGGAACUUCGGCUCUCUGCCCCUCUCACUGUGCUCCCUUCUGUUUCCAUUAAGAAGACCAUUCAGAUUCUGAAUGAGAAAGCUUUUGACCAAGCACCUGUGGUGGACGAGGCUGGGCAGAUUCUGGGUAUGGUCACGUUGGGGAACAUGCUCUCUUCUGUUCUGGCUGGGAAAGUCAGGCCAUCUGAUCCUAUAAGCAAAGUUCUUUACAAACAGUUUAAACAGGUGCGUCUAACAGAUAACUUGGGCAAACUCUCUCGUAUCCUUGAGACGGACCAUUUCGCCCUUGUUGUGCAUGAACAGAUUCAGUAUUUGAGUGAUGGAGCCCCCAAGAUGAGGCAGAUGGUUUUUGGGGUUGUGACAGCCAUUGACCUGCUAAACUACGUGGCUACACGCGAGAGGAGAGAACGCUCUCUGUCCGAGUGCUCUCUGUCAGAAGAGCCUUGAAUGACCAAAUAUGUGACAACAGCAUGUCGGAGUGUUGCUUUGUUUCCAUUUGUAGUUUAUUACUCUGAAAGUGGUAUGCUUAAUUUUAAAUAAGAAUCAUGCUUCUAUAUGUAAGAGCCAAUCAACAGUUUUACAGGUCAUCUGACAGAUUGUGUACUCAUUUGUACUCAGUCUCUCUCUUUCUAGAUCUUAUUCUUUAAACUGCCAUAAUGAUGUGAUUUCAUAAGAAAUGGAUAUAUUUAAAGUAUAAUGUAUUUCAUUCCUUAAAGACUGCAUGUGGUAUAGUUCGGGGUGUAGUUAAAGUAUUUGUAAUGGGGCUAUAUUCAGGCUCUGUCUAAUCUAUAUCUGUAUUGCCACCUAGUGACUGCAGUAGGUUACAACAGACAGUGAAUUAAUUUGACUAUUUAUCCUCUGCUUGGAACACUCUUAAAUAUCUGCAGUGUGUAGGGAGUUUGCAGUCAUGAUUAACAAUAACUGAUAAAGCAAAUAAUGAAUCACACCCAGGCAGGGUGACUUGGUAUUGUUUCUUGAAUUAAAACAAGAUUUCAAAGAUAAGAUGCUGAGUGUAAAUGAAUAAUAGGGUGGUUUGGACUCUGCAGUAUAGUGUUAAACAGACCACUCUGUGUUUUGAGCAAUAUUUGAUUCUUUUUUUUUUUUUUCUAUAAUUCUGAUCUCUUGUGUAAAAAAAAAAAAAAGAAAAAAAAUCCAUUGUUAAAGCCAAGAAAAAUUAUUGUGUGUGUUUUACAGGAAUAUAUGUGAACAGAAUGAAUGUAAGUGAGAGUACAUUAGGUACCUCAUGUUUGCGGUUUCAGUGCAUGCUGCUGGAGGUCUGUCGCUCAGAAUGUCUAGGUCUCUUCUGUUAUGUUGUUCUGGAUUGUUAAUUUAUAUUUUCUUGAAUAUGAUUACUGUAAUAAGUACUGGCUACAAAUAAAGGCUAUAUUUCUUGAAGGA